AUGGGAAUUACAGCCGCUGCUUAUGCUCUGAGAGAUGGUCUUCUCAUUCUCUGUUUGUCACUGUUUCUGUUACGUUUGGUGAAAGUGCUUCUUUUGGAAAGGCCCCAGCUUUUUUCUUGGCUUCUUGAUUCUGAUUCUCUAGAUUACCAAGCAUUAGAUUACUCAGUGGGCUGUCUAUUGCAUUUUGGGAAUAUUGAGUUACUGUUCUAUUGGGGUGUUAUACAGAACAACUUAUCAAUGGAUUCAAGGGAAACUCCAACUGAUGAGUUUCAGCAGAAAGCUUACCCUACUAUUGCCACAGCUCUAGUUAGAGCAGUUCAUGAAUGGUGGCUGAUUUUUAUGCUAUUUAUUGAUGCUGGUUUCUCAUACUUAGUUACCAGGUUUGCUCGUUAUUGCCGUUUGCAAAUUCCGUGUUUGCUUUGCUCUAGACUUGAUCAUGUUCUGGGCAAUGAGCGAAUAGGUUUUUAUUGGGAUCUAAUAUGCCACAAGCACAAGUUAAAGAUUUCAUCUUUACUUCUUUGUCAUCUUCACGACAACCUUGUUGAUGUUCAUGGAAUGUGUGACAGUUGUUUUUUAUCAUUUGCCACGAUAAACAAGUCAAAUGCUGAAACAUAUAGGUUAUUGGUUGACAAAUUGGGGCCUGGGCCUCAUUAUGGGCUUGAUCAAGGUUCUUUAUCUCAGGAACAUAAUCUUGGUUGGACUGACACAAGAAAGUGUUCUUGUUGCAAUGAAAAAUUGAUAUCUACAAGUUAUGCCAAGAAGUUAAUCCAAACUAAGUCAAUCAACUCUGAGGAAGCUGAGAUUGAUGCACCUUUAUCCAAACGAUCUGCGCCUAAUAGGGAUGAGUUGAAGGAUAUUAAAGAUGCAUCAUCUACCUUCCACCAUUUGAGGAAAAAUGAUGCUGAUCCUUUGUCACGUGUAGAAUAUUCAAAGAUCAAUGUUACUUCCAAUAGUGAAUCAGAAACUCCAUUUUCUGAUGACGAAAGUGGUCAUGCACUUGUUCGUGAAAUGGAGUCACCAGACAAAGAUUUAGCUGCUGAGUAUGUACAAUCAAAACCUCGGGUUGUUGCUCGUGCUGAUAAUGAUGAUGCUGAUCCAUUAGCACAUGUGAAAUAUGCAAAGAUUAAUAUUACUUCUGAUAUUGAAUCUGAAACUCCAUUUUCUGAUGAUGAAAGUGCUUGUGCACUUAUUCGUAAAAUGGAAUCAUCGCACAAAGAUGUAGCCGAUGAGUAUGUACAACCAGAACCUCCAAUUGUUUCUCUUGCUGACAAUCCAGAUCCAGAGGAAUUGAUAAAUCCAGCUUCUUCAACCAAGCUUUCACUUUUGGAGUCAGAGGUGCAACUGGAAGCUAAUAAUUCCUGCUGUAAUACAAGAUCUGAGUCACCCAUUGGACAUCAUGGGUUGGAGGAACUUAACAGGCAGCAAGCUAAUCACAAAAAUGAUGGUUGGGUACCAUCUGAGCUCAUAACUCUUGAUGAGAUACUUCAGCUGCCGGAGGUUUCUGGGAAUGAAAGAUAUGAAUCAAAAGAGACUGAUGCCGAAGCCAUGGCUGAAUUGGAGAGAGAAGUUACCUUGGAGGGUGGAGAAACUUCUGGUUUGAAAGUGACACCACGUCAGCAAAUGAUGACUAAUUCUUUGGAUCUUAGUGACGCUUAUAAGUUAGCUGUUGGCAAUAAGGGAAGACAGUUGUCCGGACGACUUUUAGAACAACAGAGAUCUAUGAAGGAUUCUGAGAGAGCCAGUGCAGAUGUGAAGCUCUUGUUGUCACAAAUAUCUUCUCGGGGAAUUGAUCCGUCAUUGAAUGAUAUGAGCCCUAGGGUGUCUGCAAAUAGCAAUGAUUUUAGAACUUUCAAUGCUUCUAACGCUAUUGGGAUGCAGAUAUCACUUGAGAGAAAUGAAUCUAAUAUAUCUCUUGAUGGAAGCACUGUCAGUGAAAUCGAAGGUGAAACUGUGAUAGAUCGAUUAACACGACAGGUUGAGCAUGAUAAAAAUGUAAUAGGUGCUUUAUAUAAAGAAUUGGAGGAAGAGAGAAAUGCUUCUGCAGUUGCUGCUAAUCAAGCAAUGGCGAUGAUUACUAGAUUACAGGAAGAAAAGGCAGCCCUCUAUACGGAGGCCUUGCAAUGCCUAAGAAUUACUGAAGAGCAAGCUGAGUAUGAGGACGAAGCACUACAGAAAGCAAACAACCUACUUGCAGAGAAGGAGAAAGAGAUUCAAGAUUUAGAGGCUGAACUUGAACUGCACAAGAACAAACUUGGAGGCCUAUCUUCAUCAGGUCAAUUUGUGAUGCCAAGUCCUGAAUCUGGUGCAGAAGAAAAGCUUAAUUCAUUCUCGAAAAAUGAGGUCUGCUCCGAGAUGACUGAUGGAGACUAUUCAACAGAGGAAGGAAGUGGUGUAAGUGGUUCCAAAGAGCUUGAUUACAGGGAGGUGUAUUAA